AUGGAACAAAAUUCUUUAACAUUAUUAAUAUCAAUUGUUCUUGCAGCCGUUGGUAUUCUUUUUACUAUUAUUGGAGUAGCUACACCUGGCUGGGCUGGCGCGUCUAGCACUGGCAAAGUUCAAUUAUUUCGAUGUGGUUCUCCAUGUCCCCUAAAUUAUACUGCUGCUGGUGUUUUACUUCUUAUAGCUAUCUUAUUUUUGGUGAUAGCUAUUGUAUUCACACUUAUGUUUUGGCGAGGAAUGAUCAGCAAUUCUUCAGAUAUAAUUAAAAAUAUCGUAUUGUUCUUAUUUCUUCUUGCUGCUAUCUUUAUUACUGUAGCAUAUUCACGGGCUAUGCCGAGCGGUUUGUACAGUUAUCAUAUAGCGGUUACAGCUGGUAAUUUAGUCUUUUUAUCAGCUUUAGCUUUUACCUAUUGGCUUGGACGUACUUCAGUGACAUAUGUCCAUUAG